AUGGCCACCGACUCCCCGGACAGUCGACCUACCCUGGAUUUUGACAUGCUGGCCAAUGCAGAUACUCUUGUGAUGACAGGCCGUUCCAGCACCGAGAGCUUUGAAUCUACCUCCAAGGAUUCUAGUAUGCCCGAGAAUCAAGGAGAGCAGGCAGCGCCAGCCGCCAAAGAUUCAGCCGCCCCAGCUUCAGCAGCGGUGCCAUCAGAAGUGCCCCCCACGACUGCAAAGCACGCGGGAGGGGAUCCCAAGGUUGAUAUGGAAGUUGCCAUUACCAACUUUGCCUGUCAUCAAGGUCUCCCAAAGGCUGAGGUCACUGAGGGAAUGGUGCAGCGAUCAAAAGAAGGGGUUUACUACUGGGCAACCCUCAAGCUUGACUGUUCUGCCAGAGGACCUGGCGCUCAGGCAAUGGGGCGCCAGUUCAAGUAUCGCCCUGACAUGAAGGCGGCAUACAAUGUGCUCUUGGACAGCAUGAAAGCCGAUUUCCGGAGGGCCUGGAUUGCAACAAAGUCGUUUGACUUUACUACAACCACUAGGUCGACCACGAAUGCUUUCAGAAAGCGCCGAGAGGAGAUAGGCAGGUUUGUCACAAAGCUUCAGUUGGAAGUCAUCCUAGGAGGCUCUGACAAGGAGGAGGCCACGCAGCAGGACUUCUGCGUCCUCUACAAUGACUGGUUGAAGACGGAGACUUACUUCUGGGUGGAAACCCUCGUGAGUACGAGCUGCACGACGACAUGGAUGAACACAGUCACUGUGGAGUCUAGGGAGGCUGCGCAGGGAUCAUGGACUCAAAAAGUCCAGGAGUGCAAAGCCAUCCGAGCCUUCGCGGCCAUCAAGCAGAAGAAGCCCAAUGAUGUAACCUUGGCUGAGAUUGAGAAGACGGACUUGGGUGUCAAGGGGUACGCUGACUUGUAUGACCGGUGCCCUUCGGCUGCUCCAAAGCCUGGGGGAGAUGGAAGUGCAGCAAAACCUGGAGGCAAGAAGCGCAGCGCCCCAGAGGGCGAAGAGCCGAAGCCAGCAGAUGAUGCCCCAGGAAACCCUGGCAAUGACAAGCCGGGCAAGGCGGCUAAGCGUGACAACACUGCUUCCGUCAAAGAGAAAGAAGUUCGGGAACUGCUAGCGCUCGAGCAGUCAAGUGACAACACGAUGUCCUCUAUCGCUACCUCUAUGGCCCAGGAGCCACAGUGGUGGCUUUGGGCGCGUGAUGCCGUGAACUUGUACAAACAAGAGCGCACCGAGGUUUUGAAGAUUUAUGUCGACAAGCCCUGGUUCCAGGAUUUCAAGGUGGCUGCGCUUUCCCCGAAGGAAACCCAGAAGGUCAAGAAAGCCUUGGGCCAGGACUAUGUGGGGAAACUCGUCGAGUACAUCACGGUUCUAGGACCGAAAAUCCAGUCUAUGGCUCAGGCUGCUUUUCAGGUGGAGCACAUGGCACGGGCGAAGCGGACUACGGCAGAGUCGCUAAAUCAGCGAUCUGCUCCCAAAUCCAAGGCCAAAGCUAAGGGUAAAGCAAAGAGUGGACCAGCCCGCCGGGCCUCAAGCAAAAGCCUCGAGGGAGCCGGCGCAUGA